AUGCUAGACGUCCCAGCGCCAAACAAGCGGUCGGAUUUGAGGGCCGGAUACUCGAUCUCGGUGGUCGCUUCGGAAGGGCAGAAAUGGAACGAAUUUAGGUCCUCAGUGCGUGAGUUGACAUGGUUUGGUUCGGCGUUGCCGAUGUUAUCGCAGCGCUUGGGAUUGCAGAACAGACUGAAAUCGCGCGACGGGCUGGUACAAGGCCAAGACAAUCUCAAGAUGAUUGACUGA